AUGUCUGGUGACAAGCGCGACCACAGGGGGCCGGUGGUCGACCCCGCGGGGGGCAGGGCGCCGGGCGGGCCCCCGCGCGGGAUCGGAGGGCCAAGAGGGGGUGGCGGGGGGGCGGGGGACGGCGGGCCCAGGUGGAGAUCGGCACAGGCCGCCGGCCCGGCGGCAUGGGUGAUGUCGGGGCUCGGGGCCGGCGGCCGGCCACUGGCCAAGGUGCCGUCGUUCGAGGACCUGAUGCCCGCGGAGCUGAGGCAGAACAGGGCGUCCAGGGCGCAGCAGAAGAACGAGGCCAUGGCGAGGUCUGCACAAGCCGGCCCAACUGGGAGCUCCCAGGCGGGCGGCCGCGCCGGCGCGGCGCAGCCAGGGGUGUCGAGGCAGGGAAUGGGUGCUGGGUUGCCUCAUUGGCAGCAGUCUGAGCAGGUGAUCGUUGGUUGUGUGGGCGAUCUGGCGGCAACCUGA